AUGCAUAAAGAACUGGAGAUAGUUCUACAGAGAUGGAGUGGAAGGAUGGUUGGUAAGCCUCAGUAUAUUUUGUGGAAUAAGUUGAUGAGACUUAGACCUGAUUUGAAGCAACUGACCUCUACAAUCACUGAAGGUGUCAAACAGAUCCAGAUUGCUAGACAACACUUGGAGCAAGCAGAGAAGGAACAGAUUUUACAACAGAAAGCAAAAGGCACCUGGCUGCAGCUAGGGGAUGGGAACAAUUUGUAUUUUCAUGUUAUUGUUAAAGGGAAAAAUAAGCAGAUUGGGAUACAACAAUUGGAGGAUAGUCAGGGACAUCUUCUCACUGAGCACAAAGAGAUAGAAGUUGAGGUUUUGCACUUCUACCAGGGGCUUGUGGGAAAGGCUGCCUCAAACUUAAAGCAUGUAGAUAUUGUAGCCCUCGGAAAUGGGAAGCAAUUGGAAGAGGAAUACAAGCAGGAUCUUAUAAAGAAGGUUACAGAUAAGGAGAUAUGGGAGGCUCUGAAAGGAGUGGGGGAUAAUAAGGCACCAGGUUGUGAUUGA